CAACAGGCUACGGCUCUGAAAACCCAAUCAUUUUACCGACAAUACAUUGCUGUUAGAAAUGCAAUUGUUGUUACUGGAAUAACACAGGAAUGACGAAAGACGGUUGUAAACGGCUAACUACAUAAUUAUAUUGCAUAUACGCUCUGAUCCAACGAAUUGGGUUGACUGCUUAUUUUAUACGUAUUCAUCCCUAUUUUGUGGGAAAUUACCGUUGAAUUGUUUCAAUGGGCAACCAAUAGUUAAUAUAUAAUUCGCAUUUUUUUGUAUUAUUAGUACAUAAAAAGAGGGUACAGUAAAGUAAAAACUGACAUUAAGUUUUUUUAUUUGCCCUACUGUCAAAAAUAUUUGCACACUUGUGACGAGAGUAAGUAGCCACAUAAAACAAGAAUAGCCGUGUAUUUCGUAUCUUGACAACAUAUUAAUAUUUGUUGUUCUGGUAUUCUUUUAUAUUGCGAUUAAGCUUAUAAAGUUACAGAAUACAUGAGUUACAACGAAGUUGAACUAGAAAUGGCGAGUCGUAAUACACCUGAUAGUGUGACAGAAGACUCUCAGCGGAAGAGUGAAAAACCUUCAAGUAGUGCCUUCAAGCAACAGAAACUCCAAGCAUGGCAACCCAUACUUACAGCAGGAACUGUUUUACCAUCUUUCUUUAUAAUUGGGUUGGCAUUUAUUCCAAUCGGAAUAGGUUUACUUGUAUCUUCUAAUAAGGUUCAAGAGUUUCAACUAGAUUAUACUUACUGUUUAAAUGAAAAGGGAGAAGAAUGCGCUGAAGUCAUCAAGAAAAAUUUUAGAAACAAAUGCAUCUGUAAAAUUGAAUUCAAUCUUACUGAAGAUUUUGAGCGAAAUGUUUUUGUGUAUUAUGGACUUACCAACUAUUAUCAGAAUCACAGACGAUACGUCAAAUCAAGAGAUGACCAACAGCUUCUGGGGAAAGUCACUGACACAUUAUCUGCAGACUGUAAACCAUUUGCAUAUGUUGAAAACAGCACCUACAAGACACCAAUUGCUCCUUGUGGAGCCAUAGCCAACAGUUUGUUCAAUGAUACUAUAACACUAAAGCUUCAAGGUAAUAAAGAAGUGGAAGUUCCACUGUUGAACACAGGAAUUGCUUGGCCUACAGAUACCACUGUUAAGUUUCAGAAUCCACCAGGAGAUGUGAGUACAGGAGAAGCCUUUACGAAAACUGCUAAACCACUCAACUGGGACAGACCUGUUUGGCAGCUAGACCCUUCUCACUCAGAAAAUAAUGGAUACCAGAAUGAAGAUCUGAUUGUAUGGAUGCGUAAUGCAGCCUUGCCUACUUUCCGCAAGCUGUACCGCAGGGUUGAUCACGAGAAGGAAGGAUUCAAGAAUCAUCUUCCUAAAGGCAUAUAUAACUUGAUUGUCCAGUACACUUAUCCUGUGACCUCUUUCAAAGGGACCAAACGAUUGAUAUUAUCCAACACCACCUGGUUGGGUGGAAAGAACCCAUUUUUAGGAAUAACCUAUAUUGUUGUUGGUAGUAUUUGCCUUAUCCUAUCAAUUAUGUUUCUAGUAAUCCACAAAAAAUUUGGCAAAAGCCCUCAUGACGUAAUGGGAAACAUUACUGAAAGAACUCCUUACUGACAUCAUACAUCUGUUUUAAUUCCAAGAUCCUGGUUGGAUUUAGAAGAACUGAUCAUUACCUUCACAAUCCAUUAUUUUGAAUGUGUAGAGAAUUAGCCACUUUUAGAUAGAUUUUUAAGUCACUUUGCUGAAAAGAAAAUUAAAAUUGAGGUAUUUAGAUAAUUAACUUUGAUAAUUGUACAAGUGUAUAAAAGAAAGUAACAGAUUUAAAUAUGAAAAUGCAAAUAACUAGAAGGCUUAGAAACACACGGUUCUCAGGAAUAACUUAUAAGAAUUAUAAAAGAAUUGUGUCUCUUAAGACUUCCAUAGUCAUGAGUGUAGUAGCUUUAUGGAAUUUUUAGUCGAAAUACUUUCACAAGCAAGUCUUAUGAGUAUCUUAAAACUUGGGUGUCAGUAUGAAGGGCUAGAGUAAAUGUGAAACAAAGCAUGUUAAUUUAUAACUUUUAUAAAUUUCCAAAUUUUCUUUAUAUGUAUCAGUUGAUUUAUUGUGUUUUUAAUUCUUCAUGUAUUCUAUGUUUUGCUAAAGUUUGAAGAUGGCUUGAAUGGGUAAAUGAUGAAAACUUUAUUAAAAGUUUAAUAUAGUAACAA